GAACCAGCAUGGCUGCGCCCACAGCCACACAGCCGCGGCUGCCGCACGCCGCCCCGCCGCUCCUGCUCCUGCUCACCGCUCUGGCCACCAGCCUCGCCUGCCAACACCUCUGGACGCACGACGACACCUUCCCCGGCGACGCGCUCCGCCUCCUCCAGGACACGGCUCCCAGCCACACACAGCCCUGCCACCUCCAAGAGCCGCCCUUCUUCCCCGACACCCUCCUCCACGACAACCUCCACCCGCACCAAGCCGCCGCCACCGCCCUACGCAUCCUCCAGCACCUCUUCCACACCCUCAGCUCCAACAGCACCCGCCAGCACUGGCCCAGCCACGCUCGCAACCAACUCCUCAACAAACUGCAGCACCACAUCCACCACCUCGAGCAAUGCCUCCCCGACAACGCCCUGCUCUUCAAAGGACCGCGCAACCCGCUGCUCGCCAUCAACAAGUACUUCAGGGACAUCCACCUCUUCCUCCUCGCCCACAACCACAGCGCCUGCGCCUGGGACCACGUCCGCCUCGAAGCUCGUGCCUCUCUACGACACCUCCACAACCUCACACGCACCAUGCGCCGCUAGCGCAAACACCCACGCUCCAACCCACGCCUACCGCCCAAACCCACCUCCAACCCCACGCCUCCUCUCACCUGGCACCGCAGACAGGGCUGCAACAACCGCUCCGCACCCGCAGCCUUCAACCCCCGCGUCUCCAUUUUCGUUCAGCCUCUCCCAUUGAUGUGGACAAAGGACCUUCCCCACUUCUGUAUAGACUUAUUUAUUUAUUUAUUUAUUUAUUUAUCUAGCUAUUUAUUGGCGUAUUUAUUUUUCUACUUAUUCACUUGUUUAUGACACUGAAAAUAAAGACCUAUGACAAAACACUUGCCACUGCCUCUCCUCUCUCUAGCACUGCAACCAGCCUUUGGGCCAGGCAAAAGCCAGCCUCACCCAACACCUACUCCAAGACUCCCUCCAAACAGCCCCUGCCCACUCUUCUCAAUGGCGCCUGACCAAGCAAGAUCCUGCAGCACAGCCUUUGCAAAAACACUGCCAGCCUUUGGCCACCACCACAGAAUCCCAAAAAGAAAAACACGCUAAGGCUGGAGAGCACCGCUGCACCUCAUCUGCUUUAUCCACAUCCUGCUCCAGCCAUCCAAUCCAGGCCUCUCUCCCUCACAGACAAGGAUCUCCUGCGGGACACGGCCAAGCACUUUGCACGAGUCCCGGCACACGAGCUCACUCACUCUGCCCCUAUCCACCACCGCUCUGUAGCCCUAACCACAGAAAAGCACCAGAACUGCCAGGAAUGGCCAUCUUCCUCUUUGCAAUGCCAUGCUCCCUGUUACCAAUCACCUCUUUGUUUUCCAGAGGCCUUCUUAGAGUUUUUCUGUCCCGGAGAAGCAGCCUCAUCGUCUUGCCUGGAACGAAGCUCAGAUUGACUGCCCUGUGCUUCCCACACUCUUCUGCUUUUCCCGUUGUAAAAACAGCCCUUCCCUUUCCCUUCUUCCACUUAGCGGGGGGGGGAUUUCAACUGGCAGACACCAAUGCUCUAAAAUGAUCCAUCCUGGCCCAGCAACUCCAUCUGGCCCUACUCUCAGGACUCACAGAUCAAUCUCAUCAGGUCCCACGCAAUUCCACAUAAUCACGUUCCCUAGACCUCAAAUCUCAAACCUCAUCCAAACCUGCGGAGGCCGUGGCCCUUCAUUCUUCACCUAGGCCUCCCAGCAUUUGCCCAUCUCGACCCGGGCACUGUGCCGGGAGAUUACUAACACACAGGGAUACAAAGGCAGCUCGCCUCCGCAGCCUCUCUUUCACCCAAAAGUCUAGAACUUUCAAAUCCCACCAUCCGCUCCUAGCAAUAAUAAUCCCAGCAUUUCUCCACGAGGCCAGAGCGAUCAUCCCCUUGGCACAUCUUCGCACACCCCAGAAUUCCUCUUCAGCGUGCCGCAGAUUUUCUCCCUUUUUGGAAAGGCAUCUGAAACUACUGGCCAAGCUACGCUACUCCAGCCAAAGAAACCCAUCGCCCGCAGCCUUUCUCACAAGUCACCUCCUCUGGACCCCUGUGCAUCUUCAGAGACAUCACCUCCAAGAACCCCACACCUCUCAGGGAAUUCAGGAGCCCUGAACAGGACACACGCUUCCAGGCAAGGGCUCCAGCAAUCCCAAAGCACAACACCACCUUCUUUCACGGGGGACAGUCCUCCUUUGCCCUCUGGCUGCCUCAGCCAUGGCACCAAGCGCAAGAGUAACAGCAAAAGCUUUCCCUUUCUCCGACUUCUUCGCUCAGCCUUUCUUGCCUGCCUUGUGGCUCCCUCCAGCCAGACAUAACCGGUGGAGCGCCUCCUUGCAAGGACACACUCAGGCCUCCAAGGCCCACGUGCACAGACAGCCCCUUGAAGCCUGCCGCUGCCUCUGGGCAUUUACCGCAGGAGGGAAAACGCCAGCCCUCGCCCGCUGACAUCACCGCACAUCCCUUGCAACCACAAAAGGAAAACAGUGGCCAAGAUGAAAAUAAAGGCAAGCCUCAAAGUGAAAGGAAAAGUGACCACAGCCACCACCAGGGCUUUGCAGGUGGAAACGAUGCUCGGGCCCAAACAGAGACUCAGUUGCACAGCACAGACCUUGCAGCUGGCUCGGCAAGCGAAAGGGAACACCCGACAGCCCUCUCCAACGCACCUGAGCCCGACGCCUCUGGCCCAGAGCUUUCACAGCCCCUUUCACCCACCACUGCCACUCUCCGCCGGCGCACCGCUGCCACCACAAUCCCCAACCACGGCCACCCCCACAAAACACUGCCCCGAGACCACCAGCACAGCCACCAGCACAGACUGGAAAGCACGGCAGGAAACUCCCAGCAAGCAGAAAGCGAUGAAGGGAAAGCUCCUGCCAUACAAAGCCGUGCACCCGCCAGCGCCCCGAGCA